UGGAGCUACAAUUUGAUACAGAAUGUGAAGAAGUUGAAGUGUGUUAUGUUUGACGUUCAAAGAGGUGGACCGAUUUCUCGUCGGAUCACCAGAAGCAGUUGGAGCAUUUCCACAGCGGAUGAAAUUGGUUUUGAUCCGCGGCCAGUGAUGGAUCAUUGAAAAUGAACUGAUUCCAACAAUGCGACAAGGGAUAUUGACAACGACACAGUUGUUAUGGGUGUUGUGCAGUCCGUUGCGUUGCAUCUGGUAUCGUUGCCCGUGAACGCCAGGAGGACCCAUGAAUCUCCCAACUUGGUUUUGCUGAUUUAUUUGAGAAAUGCAACCUAUGCAGCAGAUCCCAAAUACAGAAACAUAACAGCACUGAGUUGUGUUCUGUAGAGUAAUUCAAAGGGACUGGCUAACGCACACGAAUGCUUGGUGGCUAUCAGAUUCAUCGCCAGUGCUGCGCAGAUCACAGC